AUGCCUAGUGAAGAAGACAAAUAUUAUCAGGACUUCGAAAGAAAAGACUACAUUAGCAAAGGUGGCAAAGGAUUGGCAACAGUUCAUUUUAAAAGACAAGGUCCUCCAGGAUUUCCAAAAAUCGCUGUUUUAAAGGAGUUCACUACAAUUAAGGAAACCUAUCUAAAUGAAGCGAUAUUGCUGAAAGACAUGUCAGAUAUUCACCGAAACAUUGUAAAGUAUUAUUACUCCACUGAAAUUGACGGAAAAUUCAGAAUUUUUAUGGAACAUUGCGAAUGUGGCAGCGUCGCAAGAAUCAUAUGUGAAAGAAAGAAAUUAUCUCAGCCAUGGACUGACUGAGAACUGAUAAAUCAUUUCAUUACGAUCGCAGAAAUCAUAAAAGUUUUGCAUGAUAAUAACUAUGCCCAUAGAGAUAUAAAACCUGACAAUAUUUUUGUUAAAGAAAAAGAAGUGCUUAAACUUGGAGAUUUUGGGGAUUCAAAUGAGGUGAAGUUAGGGCCAAAUAAAAAUACUGCAACUGGGACCCUAAUUUACAUGUCGCCACCAUAUCAAAAGCUUUGAAAUAGACUUAUUCCUGAUUCAGACGGCAAGAAAAGAACUCCAAUCCCCCUCACAAAACAAGAAGAGGUUUGGUCAGUUGGAAAAACCUUUUAUGAGAUGGCAGUAUUUAGAGUUGGGGUGACUUUUCCUGAUCAAGAAGAUAAAUAUAUGAAAAUUGUUGAAAAUGAUAUGAUAAAAAGGCAUAAAAAAUUAGUGGAAUUGUUAAAAUGAAUGCUUAUUCCCCUUUAAUUGGAAAAAAAAUUAUAAAGUUUAUUUAAAUUAGAGUCUCGUUUACACAGACAUUAAUAAUAUAUAAAUAUUUAAUUUUUUGUUCAUUCUUAAAAGUUUAAUUUUUCCAAAAACAGUUAUUUUUCCCAUGGUUUUAUUUACUUUUAAAGGUAGAAGCUAGAAUAAAAUAUGCAGAUAGGCCUAUUAUCGAGCAAGUGCUAGAAAAAUUAAAAGAAAUAAAAGAAGAAACUGCUAUAACAUUCUCGAAUUUUGUCCCACAUUUAGUAACUGAAGGAAAUCCGUUUGAAAUUAAUGCGUUUAUUGAAGGCUCAAGUCAAUAUACAUUAAAAUGCGAGGGAAACCAGAACAACCUCUGACCAUAUGUGGCUGUGGAGCCCAGUGACUUUGUAGAAACAAGAUUUGGCAGCAGUAUGUGCAUUCGACCAGAUUUUACUUGGUUUGAAGGAGCACAAUGUCCGCUGGCUCACAUCAAGGUCAAGGUUUUAUAUCAGACGAAGAUAAAGUUCAUAGUUGGAUGUCCUAGUCGCACCAGUGAGGUUUCCAGGUCAGUUUGAACAAUCCCCAUCAGGACGCCAGGCUUUGCUUCCUGGGCUACAAAUCUGCAUAUUUACUGUAGGUGAAUAGCAAAUUUGUUUUUCGAAUUUUCUAGGAUCCAAACCCAUUGGUAUACAGCAUUGUGACCCAGCGCUUCUACUCACGGGUAGCAAUUGGCCUAGUGGAGGUUUUGAAGGCUUUUAUGAUUCAGAUUUAAGAGAUUAUGAAGACCCUCGUGGUUCAGAUUGAAGAGAUAAUGGAAUUUCAAUUCCAAAAAAUACUGAUGAAGGAUAUAAUCAGGACAAAGAUAUAAUACAUGAUCCAUACACUAGAAGUAUUAAUGGAAUUGAACAAGAAGCCAACAUGAGCACUAUUGGCAGCAAUGAAAAAUCCUGUGGAUUAUGCGAUUGUGAUUAUUUAAUCCAUGAUUGUGGGCUGAAGAUUCAUAGAAUUGAGCUGCAGAGCUAUAUUGCAACUUCUCUUAAGAUGGCUUUAGAAUUUCCUCAAAUAAACUGCUUAAAUUGCCUCGAACCAUUUCCAAUAGGAAUUUAUAAUUCGCUCAACGCAUAA